UUAACACCUGUGGAAAAAACGCUGGUCCCCAUGAUGUAAACAGUUGAAUUGUGUGUUCACGUAAUCUCAGGUUUUGGCUGGUAGAGACCACAAAUACGUGAUCGUAGUGGAAUGAUUGGAGAUGUGGUAGGUGUGUCGUCCGCGAAUGAGGAAAUCUCUACAUAAAAAAGACCCGAGGCGGCUGUGCAUCGUUCACAGUUGAAGAAGAAGCGAACACCUCAUGAAAACACAAAUAGCUGUUGCAUGACCAGAAGGUCUCAAUGGACUGGAUCAUUUUUGUAAUUUUGCAAGUCAUAUUUCAGCCAUCUCUCUCAGUCUUGUUCACUGUUGAGGCUGAGAAAACCAUGUACACAUCAGUUUUCGGGGGAGAUGUCGAGAUGGGCUGCAGGUUUCAGCCUAGACCGUUGAAUCUUACUGCUGACCUGAAGGUGACAUGGCACUGGAAGACCUCCAGCACCGUUCGGGAAGUGUACCAGAUGAUUAACGGGGAGGAGCACUCGGCAUCUCAGGAGUAUCAGGGACGAGUGGAGCUUCUCAAAGACGAGCUGAAUGACGGCUGGGCCAAGUUGAAGGUCUCCAAACUCAGGAUCACUGACUCUGGGACUUACCAGUGUUUUGUGCAGACUGGAGAAGGAGCUGAUUAUAAAACAAUAACUUUGUCGAUUAUAGCACCUUUUAAAGCAGUGACUAAACGCAUUGAGAAGGCUGCAGAGGGAGAUGAAGUGCUGUUGACCUGCCAGUCUGAGGGCUACCCCGAGUCGCCUGUUGUGUGGCAGGAUGGACACCUGCAGAGAAUCAAGCCCAACACCACUGUUGUAUCAACCCCGGACCAACUCUUCAACAUCACCAGUCAGAUACGCGUCAGCUCGUUAAGCGAAAACAACUAUACAUGUAACUUCACAAAUCAUGGCAACUCUACAACAUUUCAUGUUCCAGAUGAAGUACCUGUUCCACAGGUGAAGAGCGAUGCUCUCAACAUUGUAAUGAGCAUAGGAGUGGUAAUGAUUGUCAUUACCGCUGCAGUGCUCCUGUAUCGACAACGAAAAGGAUUCAACACACCCAGCACCAGGGAUCUUCUGGUUGACGGUCGGGGAAAGAAUGUUUCUGCUGCUUUCCGCCUUCAACUAAAUGAAGACAAGGAGGAAGAGCCAACUGUUUUUAAUGAAAAUUGCACAGAGGAAAAUCUGGGGGCGCUUCUGAAAGCCUAUUAUUCUGACGCUUCCUUCAGUGCAGAGGUGAGACACCACUUGGAAGCUUUUGGUGCGGACGAGCUGCGUCACAGGCUGCAAAACAAUGAGGGCCAGGCUGUAAAACUUCAAGCAUUACUCCCAGAAGCUGGAGAAACACUUUUUCUUGAGGGACCCCCAGGAAGCGGGAAGACAACUGUAGCCCACAUCCUAGUCUCUUCUUGGACUGAACGGUCCACACAAACCCUCAGUGACCCCUUUGAUCUCAGCACCCUUCAACUUCUCUUAUAUGUUGACUGCAGCAAUGUAAAGGGUGACUUGUUUCAGGAAAUAGUGACUCAACUCUUUCUCACAAAAAAGAUUUCAACACAGCUUGACCUGAGGACUGUGUUAAUCAGGUCCAGCGGGGCUCUGCUCUUGUUGGAUGGGUACAGAGAAGGGAACCAAUUUUUUGAUGAAUCCCUAAAGAAGUUCCUCAUUGAAAGAACGGCAUGCAGGGUGCUGGUAAUGGCCUGCCCGGGACAUUGCCCCACGAUGGAGGAGACAGUUGGAGCAGGAGUGCUGAAGCUCCAAACACAAACUGUGAAGUACUGAAGGUACAAACUUUUGUGACCAACAAACAUAUUAAGCACAUAUUACAUUUUAAAUAUUUGCAUGAUGUUUUUUUUUGUAGUAGUUGUUGUUGUUGUUGUUGCAUAAAGCCUGGGCAGACUUUUUAGAAGCCCAAAUAUGCAGCAAAAUGUACUGAAUUCAAAGCAAUAUACAGUUUGCAUAGGAAUUCCAAUAAAUUAAAAUUUUGUGUUCUUUA